AUGCAGUCGAGCGGUGUCUACUACCGUACGGUAACGUUGGCCCUGGUGGCAUUAGCCUUGGCCACCGUGCAGGUGAUCGAGGCUGCUGAGGUGGCUCGGUACGAUAACUACCGAUUGUACCGGGUGACGCCCGUCAACGAGCAGCAGCUGCGGGUUGUGGCCGCUAUGGAGCAAACCAGCGAUAGUCUGGUGUUCCUCGAGACAGCCCGGAAGGUGGGCGAUCGGUUCGAUAUCGUUGUGGCCCCGCAUAAGCUGGCUGACUUUACGGAAGCGCUCGAAACGGAGUACAUCCCGCACGAGGUGAUCGAUGAGAAUGUGCAGCGUGCGUUCGAUACCGAGCGGAUCCGGUUGACGAAUCGUCGCGCGAAGGGAACCUUCGAUUGGCGCGAUUAUCACACGCUGGAGGAGAUGCACGCUUGGUUGGAUAAGCUGGCGCAGGAUCACGCUGAAGUGGAGCUGUUGGACGCUGGUCGAUCGUAUCAGAACCGCACGUUGAAGGGUGUGAAGUUAUCGUAUGGUGCUGGACGUCCGGGUGUGUUCCUUGAGGGAGGAAUUCACGCACGUGAGUGGAUCUCACCCGCCACUGUUACGUACCUGUUGAACGAGCUGGUCAACAGCAAGGACCCGCAAGUGCGCGCGUUAGCUGAGAAGUUCGACUGGUACGUGUUCCCGAGCGUCAAUCCGGAUGGGUAUGUGUACACGCACAAGGUGAAUCGAUUGUGGCGUAAGACCCGCAAGCCUUAUGGUGCGUUCUGUUAUGGAGCUGAUCCGAACCGAAACUGGGACUUCCACUGGGCUGAACAGGGUACCAGCAAUAACGCGUGUGCGGACACCUAUGCUGGACCUCAGGCGUUUUCGGAAGUUGAGACCCGCUCGAUGGCCGCGUUCGUGGAAACACUGCGUGGUAAGUUGGGUGCGUACCUUGGGUUCCACUCGUACUCGCAACUGCUGCUGUUCCCGUACGGUCACACGAGUGAACACUCGCCCAACCAUGACGACCUGAAUGAUAUCGCCGAGGCGACGGUGAAGUCGCUGGCUCGCCGAUAUGGUACCAAGUACACCUAUGGCAAUGUGUAUGAUGCGAUCUACCCGGCUAGCGGAUCGAGCGUUGACUGGAGCUAUGGUGUGCAGGAUGUCAAGAUUGCCUACACUUAUGAACUGCGUCCGGAUGGUAACGCCUGGAAUGGAUUCGUCCUGCCACCGGAUCAGAUUGUGCCAACAGGCGAGGAGACACUUGACUCACUUGUGACGCUGCUCGAGGAGUCCGCUCUUAGGGGAUACUACGACGAUAAGUACUAA